AUGAAGCUGCCGUUAGCUCUUGCGGCAGUGUUCAGCUUGGUCACGGCCAGCACUAUCUCUCAGCAUGCUACUUUGAAACCACGUAUCAUUGUUCUGACUGAUAUCACUCAGGCCUCAUGGGAGCCUGAUGAUAUGCAAUCGAUGGUGCAUCUUUUUGCAAGCGCUGAUCUAUUCGAAAUCGAGGCUCUCAUCGCCACAUCUGGAUGGAGCAUUCCUCCUGAGCCACUCGGUCCAAACCAUAUACGAGAUGUGAUCAAAAGCUACCGUUCUGAUUUGCCGAAUUUGAUGAAGCGAAGCAACCAAGCCGCGUUUCAAAAAUCCGAGGAUCAACAAAAGAUUGGCUACUGGCCAAGCCCGGAAUACCUCGAAAGCAUCAUUAAAAAUGGUUACCCAGAGCGGGGAAUCGGCUCAAUUGGAGAUGGCAAAGACACAGAUGGCUCAAAUUUCAUCAUUGAUUUAGUUGAUGAGGCAGACGAGAGACCUAUCUAUGUUGGAGUUUGGGGAGGAGCCAACGUUCUAGCCCAGUCCAUCUGGGAUGUCCGCCGCACCCGGUCAGAAGCCGAACUUUCUGCCUUCUUAUCCAAGCUUCGGGUGUAUGCCAUAACUGAUCAAGAUCGCGAUCAAGGGGCCCCUUAUACGAACAGCUCGCAAUUUUGGAUGCGGAAGACUUUCCCCGAGCUCUUUUACAUCUCCAGCGAGUCUGCCUGGGUCGCUUACGGUCGAACUAUUCGAGAUACGUAUUGGGAUAGUCACUACGUGACCGAAAUCCAAGGCAAGGGUGCUCUGGGGAAGAAAUAUCCCAAAUGGAGGUACAUUGCCGAGGGGGACUCGCCCUGUUUCGCGUAUGUCUGGCCUGGCCUCAAUGACCCCGAGGACCCAAGACAGUCGAGCUUUGCGGGGAAGUUCUCCUGGGAGCUGACUCCGGACAACGUGACCACGACUUGGACUGAUUCUUCGCCUCAAACCGCAGCUUGGAGCAAGGAGUCAGUCACCAGUCUUCUCCCAUAUCAUAUAAAUGACUUCAUCGCAAGAAUGGACUGGGCAGCAAACGGUGCAGGGAACCGGAAUCCAGUAACCGUUCUUCAAGGCAAAGGUGGAUUUUCGCCAGUUGCUCUCAAAGCUCGUCCUGGCGAUGUCGUCAGUUUGAGCGCAGAGGGUUCAAGAGACGAAGACGGAGAUUCGCUAACGUUCGACUGGUUCCAUGACAAAGGUGCUGGAGGGUAUUAUGGUGGCCUCUCGUUUCAAGGAAAAGAUACACCCAACCUUUCUUUGAGAAUACCAAGAAAUGAAUCACGAACGAAAAUUCACAUUAUCAGCCGAGUGGUUGACAAUGGAACUCCACCCCUCGCAUCCUUUAGGCGAGCAAUUAUUAGUGUCAACUAA